CCGGGCCCUCGGGCAGUGCCCGAGUUUCCAAAUGAGGGGACAUGUGCACUGAUCAUCAGGGGACUGAUGAUCAGUGUGCCCUGAUGAUCUGUGUAGCCCCAGCAGUGCCACCUGUCAGUGUCCAUCAGUGUCAGCUGUCAGUGCUCAUCAAUGCCACCUGCCAGUGCCCAUCAAUGCCACAUAUCAAUGCCUACUAGUGCACAUCAAUGCCACAUAUCAGUGCCCAUCUGAGCUGCCUUUCAGUGUUACCUAUCAGUGCCAGUCAGUGCCACCUAUCAAUGCCAGUCAGUGCUACCUAUCAGUGCUGCCAAUCAGUGCCAGUCAGUGCCGCCUAUCAGUGCACAUCAGUGCCGCCUAUCAGUGCCCAUCAGUGCUGCCUAUCAGUGCCAGUCAGUGCCACCUAACAGUGCC